UUAUAUUUACUAACUCCAUUCUCUUUCCGUACUUCCAUUUGUUAAAGUAACCAAUAGCAUUCAGCUCCACGCCCUUUUCAUUUAUUUUACAUUUCUUUAGUCUCUGAAAGUGAUCUUCUCCAUUAUUCUUUGUUUGGUGUUUGGGAAAUGGAGAAGCAGGAACCAGGGGCGGGAGGCUAUUUCGGUGAUAUGGAAGUGUUGUUUCUACGAAAGGACAUGCAGAUAGAGCAGAGUGAGUUCUGUUUUGAGUACAAGGAGAAUGCUCACCAUCAAUUCAUGCUAAUAUCAACACUGAAGGAUCACUCCAUUUUGAUCCCUUCAAGGGGACUUACUGCCUUCUUGGUUUUUUUGGAAGGCUUUUGUUCUGGUUCUGAAAACAACACACCGAAGAAGGGCUCUGGCAAACCAAAACAACUCAAGAUCGAUGACAAAGUGGAGUUCCUCUUUCAAGUUGGGCAGAACAAAUGGGGCCACUUUCUAAAGGUACAGUGAGAUAAUGUGGAUUGUUAGAAUCUGCAUUGCGUACAAAUUUUUGCUGGAUGUAAAGUAAUGCAAUAGUAAGUCAACAGAUAUGUAUGUUUGAUGGAACUUUGCACAAUUGCUGGAGCUUUCAACUGGGUAGUGAAAUAUGAGCUCAAUGCUGAGGCCGGAGAUGUGCUUCUUGAAAUAAUCUUGCACUCUUCUUUAAAUUUGAUAAUUAAGCAGAAGAAUGUACUUGAGAUUUUUAUGGCAACUUAUGCGUACACACUUGUGUAUAGAUGUUAAACAACAUGUGGCUGCGUAUAUUUUGUCCAUAAAUAUCAAAAGUCCAUGAACAAAAUUCACUUUUAACAAUGCAUCACGUGCUCCACCGGACUAGUUUCUUCUUCUGCCUUCUGUAAUGACCUAGAACUUGCUAUAUAUAGAUGCAUGUGACAUCACAUUAUGAUAAGAUUAAGAUAUAAUAUACUUAUAUAUAGCUAGCUCUUCAUUUCUUGCAUCUUCUAUGAGAUCAGCCUGAAAAUAAAAUAUUCUUAU